AUGACUCACUCCGCUCAACUGCAACAGCCAACUGAAAACCUCAACUCCAUGUUCUCGGAUUCCGGUGGUGUGGAAAACAUGGCCAAUGAGACUCUUAUCGAUUCUUACCGGUCGCUGGAUCCCACUCGCGCCUCGCUGGAGGACUACAACCGCUCCAUGCUUCAAUACACCCAGCGCCAAAUGUCCUCCUUUGCCGACACGGACGAUUCUCGCCGUGAUAGCCAGAGCAGCGGCAAGAGUGGCCGUAGCAGCGCCUCAAGCGGCAGCAACAUGUCCCGGCAGGCCAAUAUGUCCUUCACGCCCGCUAGCGAUGCCGGUCACUCUGCUGAGAAUAAGUUCAGUAGCCGUGCCACGGCCGAUGCCAAGUCGGCUGGAUAUUAG